AUGUCUUCUAUAACGCGCUAUGCGCUAUAUGCAGUAUUACUAGGCGUAGUCACCACAGUUUGCGCAGAAAAAGCGUUUGGCAAAGACAUUGGCUCGCUGACACCCGAAGAAAUCGAGGGGAACCUACAGCAAUGUGCCUUUGUGCAGAGAUUGUCCGACCACAAAGUCAAAAAUGCGCCUCCGCAUGCCUCCUUGACGACCAAGCUCUUUGAAAUACUAUUCCCCUCUUCUUCUCCUGCGGUGAAUGCUCUAUUAGCUACUGCUUACAUCUCUGGACCACCAAACUUCCUCCUGGCACUAUGUCCCCCAAACAUCGAUCCGUCUUCGCUCAGCAUCAUGGUUGCCUUCGCAGUCGGUGGUUUGCUAGGAGAUACCUUGUUUCAUUUGCUACCAGAGAUAUUUCUGGGAGAAGACGAACACGACAAAGCAAGGUUUGUCUUGAUCGAGCCAAACAGAAACCUGUUGCUAGGUGUUGGGAUCAUUGUUGGAUUGGUGACAUUCAUGGCGAUGGACAAGGCUCUUCGUAUAGCCACUGGUGGAAGCGGCCAUUCACAUGAUCACAGUCAUGCCGCUGAUGAACAUCGGAAGAUCGCCAACGGCUCUGCAACUGGUGUCUCUAAGAAGAAGUCCAACAGUGAGCUACGAAAGCGAAAAGGCCAACAGGACAGCAAGUCUAAGGCUCCUAUGGCAGAACCAGCGCCUAUCAACCCCUCUGUCAAGCUUGCAGGUCUUUUGAACCUUAUUGCCGACUUCACACAUAAUAUUACUGACGGACUAGCACUUUCGACUUCAUUUUACGCCUCACCAGCCCUGGGAGCGACCACAACUAUGGCAGUUUUCUUCCACGAGAUCCCCCACGAAGUUGGGGAUUUUGCUUUGCUGAUUCAAUCAGGCUUCUCCAAGCGCAAGGCGAUGGGUGCACAGUUUGUGACUGCCGUUGGUGCUUUCCUCGGUACCUUGAUCGGCAUCUUUGUGCAAGAGUAUGGCAGUGGCCCAACCGAUGCAGCUGCGGGUCCAGUUACAGGAAUUUGGGGGACCAGUCUGCAGUGGGGGGAUAUGCUUCUGCCAUUUACAGCGGGCACAUUUCUCUACGUGGGCACCGUUGCUGUUAUUCCGGAACUUCUUGAGACUGGCCCCAACAAGGGCGAGGAAUUGCGAAAGACUGCUUUGCAAUUUACGGCUAUGGCUGUUGGAGCGGCAAUCAUGCUAGGCAUCUCGUGGUCUUAA